UCGGCGGCCAUUAGCUGUGUGUAGUUGCCCGGGACUGGGAGCUUAAGUGAAGAGGGAAGCCUUAUUCGGGGGAAUUCUGCCGUGGCCAUGGGCUCUUGCCAGGGCUAGCCCUAGAGUACGGAGAAGGUGGACUUUACGGUUGCCCGCCCCGCCCAGUGGCGGGGCCCACUAGGCCUCCGGGCAUCCCCGGUCUCAAGUAGGCCUCUUCUGCCGGCCAGGGCGCCCCAAAAGCGGGAGGCGCCAUGUCGCUGGUUGCUUACGCCAGCAGCGAUGAGAGUGAGCCGGACGAGGCUGAGCCGGAGGAGGAGGAGGCGGCGGCGCCUGCACCUGGGCCCACCUUAGGGGGCUUGUUCGCUUCCCUCCCCGCACCCAAGGGUCCGGCCUUGCUGCCUCCGCCCCCUCAGAUGCUCGCCCCAGCCUUUCCCCCGCCGCUGUUGCUGCCCCCACCCAGCGGAGACCCCCGGCUCCAGCCUCCUCCCCCCUUGCCCUUCGGCUUGGGAGGCUUCCCCCCACCUCCGGGAGUGAGCCCGGCUGAAGCUGCGGGCGUUGGGGAGGGACUGGGAUUGGGGCUGCCCUCGGCCCGAGGCCCUGGCCUCAGCCUGCCCCCCCCUGUCGCCGCCGCCGGGCCCCCCCUGGGGCUGCCCAAGCCAAAGAAGAGGACCGAGCCCGUGAAGAUUGCGGCGCCGGAGCUGCAUAAGGGGGAUUCAGAUUCCGAGGAAGAUGAACCCACAAAGAAGAAAACUGUCCUUCAGGGAUCCGGUGAGGGGACUGGUUUGUCGGCCUUGCUCCCCCAACCUAAAAACCUGACUGUGAAAGAGACUAACAGGCUGCUCCUGCCGCACGCCUUCUCCCGGAAACCCGCGGACGGCUCCUCUGACACCAGGCCCCCCAGAACAGCUUCUAAGUCCAAGCCGUCUGCCCUGGCGCCCGUGGUGGGCACCACAACCACCACGCCGUCACCCUCGGCCAUCAAGGCUGCUGCCAAGAGUGCCGCCCUGCAGGUGACGAAGCAGAUCACGCAGGAGGAGGACGACAGUGAUGAGGAAGUAGCCCCCGAGAACUUUUUCUCCCUGCCCGACAAGGCUGAGCCUCCCGGAGUCGAGCCAUACCCCUACCCCAUCCCCGCUGUCCCUGAGGAGCUGCCUCCAGGCACGGACCCGGAGCCGGCCUUCCAGGACGACGCCGCCAAUGCCCCCCUGGAGUUCAAGAUGGCAGCAGGCUCGAGUGGGGCCCCUUGGAUGCCCAAGCCUGGGGACGACUACAGUUACAGUCAGUUCUCCGCGUAUGGCGCCGCCAGUGCCGCCGGUGCUUACUACCAGGAUUAUUACAGUGGUGGCUACUACCCCGCACAGGACCCAGCCAUGGGCCCCCCGCAGGAAAUCUCCCCAGACGCCUCCUUCAUCGAUGACGAAGCAUUUAAGCGGUUGCAGGGCAAGAGGAACCGGGGGCGGGAGGAGGUCAACUUCGUAGACAUCAAAGGUGACGACCAGCUUGGUGGGGCCCAGCAGUGGGUGACCAAGUCCCUGACGGAAGAGAAGACCAUGAAAUCAUUCAGCAAAAAGAAAGGUGAGCAACCAACAGGCCAGCAGCGGCGGAAACACCAGAUCACAUACCUGAUUCAUCAGGCCAAGGAGCGGGAGCUGGAGCUGAAGAACACGUGGUCGGAGAGCAGGCUCAGCCGCCGGCAGACCCAGGCCAAGUACGGGUUCUAGGCCCCAGCGCCCGGCCUGGGACCCCGCUUCUUCCUGAGGACCCGGCCUCGCCGCUGUGAGGACGGACACAUUGGAUCAGUUUUUCUUACCGCGAGUCAGAAGACUAGGCUCUGUCUCAGCUGGCAAACUCGCGUGAUGCUCGCAAGGGCCGAGUCCUGGGACGGGAGCUUUGCCUCGCUCCCCGUUGGAUGUGAUAAAAUGUUGAAGCCCUCCCUUCGCCUUUUUUUUUUUUUUUUUUUUUUAACCAGGGAUGUCUUGAAAUAAAAC